UAGCUCUCAGCCUGGGGGAGCGCGUGGGAAGCAAAGCCCAGACCUGCGGAGCAGAAAGCACCAGCUGCAGAGGCAGGCCGGCAUGGCUCCCACUUUCAAACUUCAGUGUCACUUCAUUCUGAUCUGCCUGAUGGCUCUAAGAGGGGAGAGCCGGUACCUGGAGCUGCGGGAAGCUGUGGACCACGACCCCUUCCUACUCUUCAGCGCCAACCUGAAGCGGGAGCUGCCGGGGGAGCAGCUGUACCGCCGCGCUAUGCGGUGCCUGGACAUGCUGAGCCUCCAGGGCCAGUUCACCUUCACCGCCGACCGGCCGCAGCUGCACUGCGCCGCCUUCUUCAUCGCAGAGCCCGAGGAGUUUAUCACCAUCCACUACGAACUGGUCUCCAUCGACUGUGAGAGCGGGGACUUCCUGAAGGUAUUUGAUGGUUGGAUCCUCAAGGGGGAGAAGUUCCCCAGUUCCCAGGAUCACCCUCUCCCCAUGACUGAGCGGUACAUAGAUUUCUGUGAGAGCGGUCUUAGCAGAAGGAGCAUCAGAUCCUCCCAGAACGUGGCCAUGAUCUUCUUCCGGGUCCAUGAACCAGGAAAUGGGUUCACAUUAACCAUAAAGACAGAUCCUAACCUCUUUCCCUGCAAUGUCAUCUCCCAGACCCCAAAUGGAAGGUUCACUCUGGUCGUGGCACAUAAGCAUCGCAACUGCAGCUUCUCCAUAAUUUAUCCUGUGGUGAUCAAAAUAUCUGAUCUCACCCUGGGACACUUAAAUGGUCUGCAAUUAAAG